ACUCAUCUCCGCUGUAAUCGACGUGGCAACCCGCCGACUUUUGUGUUCUCAGCCUAUGCCCCACAAAGCGGUUGUGACGAUGUAGAGAAGGAACAGGCGGAAGUGGCUAAAGAAGAUAGCCCAUGUGAGACCGCUGCGCAUUGCCACGUUGAACAUUGGCACACUUACAGGACGCAGCAGCGAACUAGCCGAAAUGUUGAAAAGGCGCAGACCUACGCCCCACAAAGCGGUUGUGACGAUGUAGAGAAGGAACAGUUCUGGACUGAACUACAGGAUCACAUUGCAGCAGUCCCGAGAGCGAAGCAAUCCUGCUUUGUGGCGACCUAA